AUGACUACAACUCCACGAGAUUUCAGGGGUCAUGAUGGCACACACACAUUGUCCACCGCUGCAGGGGCCCCUGUAGUUGGAGCAAGUCAAUUCGGAUAUGCGAGAGGGAUAGCUAGAGGAAUAGCGCCGGCAGCUCAUGUUGCGAUGUAUAAAGUUUUGUGGGCAGAUGACACAUACAAGUCUGCAUCAAGCAAUGUGCUCGCUGGAAUGGAUCGAGCAAUUGCUGACGGAGUAGAUGUCAUUUCCUUGUCUAUCAGCCUCUUUCUCACACCGUAUUUCAACGAUGUGAUUGCCAUAGCAUCUUUGUCAGCAAUUGAGAAGGGCAUCAUCGUUGUCUGCUCAGGUGGAAAUGACGGGGCCUAUAACUCCACCCACAAUGGAGCGCCCUGGAUCAUGACGGUAGGAGCUGGAACUAUGGAUCGAAGCUUAGUCGCGACUUCAACCCUGGGAAAUGGGUUAAUUGUAGAGGGCAUGUCAUACUUCCCUGAGAGCAUCUACAUCGCUGAUGCACAAGUUUAUUAUGGCAAGGACAACCCCAACAAAGCAAGGUGCCGGUUGUCAGCACUAGAACCCAAAGAAAUUGCUGGAAAGGUAGUUUUGUGUGACGGAGACAAUUCGUUAGGUGUAGACAUUGAGGUUAAAAAACUUGGUGACAAAGGAGCAUACGCGGCAAUUUGCUUGAGCGACGACGUGUUACAAUUUUUUCCUGAAGACUACACCAUUCCUGUUGUGGUCAUUCCGGCUUCUUCAGGAUCUCCAAUAGGGGACUACGUGACAGGAAAAAACAAUGCAACCGUGAGCAUGAGGUUCUUGCAGACCAAAUUGGGCACAACCCCAGCGCCUCAAGUUGCCUAUUUCUCUUCGAGAGGGCCAGAUCCAAUCAAUCCGAGCAUCUUGAAACCGGAUAUUCUUGCUCCAGGGGUCGAUAUACUAGCUGCAGUUGUGCCAAACAGGCCUUUUAUGAAAGUUGGCCUGUACGAUCUAGUGACCGAUUAUGCGGUUGACUCGCUCCACAGCAGCGCCACAUAUUGCCGGGGUCGCCUCUUUUCUAAAGGCCAUGCACAAAGAUUGGAGCCCAGCAGCCAUCAAAUCGGCAAUGAUGACCACAGCAUACACCAUGGAUAA